UCAAGGCAGCCUCAGAGCACGGCUGGCUGGCGGAAAGUAGCUGCAGUGUCCUGGCAAAAUAUCUGUCCAAAAACGUUCCCAAAACUGUCCCGGAAAGUUAGGUGUAACUAAAAGGACACCUGCAUACCAAUGUGACGUCUGAAAACUCUGCAGCUGCUCAGCAGCAUCAUAUAGGAGGACGCCAUGGAGUUGUAGUGAGGAUUCUGGAUUGAGGGGCUGCACUGAAUCAGCGUGACUAGGAAAGCGCCAACCAUUACUGUUGGAUGAGAACUGAUGGGCUGUCCAAGCUGGCGAUAGCAUGCCAACUGCAAAGGGUAAAGGUGGCUCAACGUCCCACCGUUACCGACCAGCUUCACAGUACGAUGAUGCCACACUCGCUCAAAAGAGAGAAUAUUGGAGAAAUAAGAAGCGUGAGCAGAGGGCCCGUCUGUCAGAACGGAGAGGAAAACCAGCACAACCCAGCAGAGGGGAAAAGCUCCCACAUCUAAAAGCUCCUGCAGGAGUGCAUUCCAGUUUGUCCGGCUCCUUUGCUGCUUUGUCCUCUCCUUUGAAGAGUAAUGAUGACUCAUACAGUUCUGCAUCACAGAGUGGAAACGGAGUGGGGGACUGUUCACAUGAAGCCACCGAAAACCAAAAGGAAAAGUGGUUCCAGACAAUGUCACUCAACAAAGUCUUGCCUCCGUUGCCAGUAUCAUGUUCCAUCUCAGCCAAAGGUGCUGGGCACAACACGGCCACAAUUAAAUGCCCAACAGUGAAGGCUGCUGUGAGAGCCGUUACCUCACCCACAUCUAGUGGAACCCAGCUGAACACCCGUUCCUCAGUGCCUCCUGUCAGAGUGACCAGAAUUACCAGUGGCAGCUCCACUAAAGCAACACCUCAGCCAUGUGUGUCUAUGCAGGGCGCAUCAGUCCCCCAAACCCAACAUAAGGCACAAGUUGCAUUACCCAUUCAGCCUAAACUCCUAACCACCGAUGUGACCACAGGUAUGAUUCUUGUGUCUUCUCCAUGUGGUCCUGUGUCCAUUAAAACAGAGGGCAAAGCAAUGAACACAACACCUCAAAGUGGAACAAAGAGUGCCUUGGUCACCCUGCAGAGGGCUAAAGGUGUUGGCAAAGCACAACCUUCCCUUGAGUCUGAGGAGGAGAGAGCGGCCAAGCGCAGAGAACACUGGCGGAUCAAAAAGCGGGAGCAGAGAGCUAAGCUGGCAGCUCGUGUAGCUAAAGCCAGAGAGAGGGCACAUGGCGUGGAGAUGACAUUUCAGAGGCUCACAGCACAGAAAACAGGACCUGCAGUCAGCACGGUUCUUCUUCCAACUCAGUCAUUUUUGAAAGGAGCAGGCCAGAAGCAUGCCAGUAGAGUCAAAACAUCAUUUACAUCUGCUAAAAGAGAAAAUUCUAAACUGCAAAGUGGGACAGCAACUGUAGUUCUAACUAACCUGCAAACAGAUCAGAUAAAAGUAGAAAAUACACAUGGGAAUAAGAUAACGCAGACAGCCAUCAGAUCUGAUUUUACUUCUGUAAAAAAGGCAGUGGAAUCACAGAGAAAGCUUCCAAGUUACGCACAUCUUUCUAAUGUCACUCGAGGGAUUGCACGAUGUAAAACUCCUAGACAAAGGUUCAUUGAAGCACAGAAGAUUUUAAUGAAUCAGAGAAACCUAAGAUGUAAAUCCCCAUUGGUAGCUUCAAUGUUUGGUACCAGAAGUAUGCCCAAAAUUGAUCCCAAUGACACACCUGAGCAGAUAGUAGCCAAACGACGCGAGUACUGGCGAAUUAAAAAGCGUGAACAGCGAGCUAAGCUGUCAAUGGAGGUAAAGGCUCGGUUGAAGGAGAAAGACUCUCUGAUGAGAAGAGUGAAACGUUACCAGAAAAUUCUUGAGGACAUGAGGAAGGCCAGAGCGAUGACGCACUUGACAGGAAGCACCCUAACUCACUCCUCUGAGACUAUCGGGGGGUUCAUCAAAGAGGAUGGGACACUGACCGCUAACAUCCCCCAAAGUCCUACGGAUCACAACACCGCAAAAGACAAAAGUGACAAAGACCUUCAUGUAGCUUCUAAGAAUACCCUUGUCACACAACCGCGGCAUCAACCUGAUACUAGGCAGAGAACUAAUGCUCCAGUCAGGAUAAACCAGCCUCGCCCUCCACUUUGCCCAGCUCAGGUGAAAGUCUCCUUUCCUCUUGCUAGACAGUCAGUCAGCAAACCUUCAAGACUACUGUCAAUCAGACCACGCACUCAGCAUGAAAGCACAACUGUUCCUAACUCACAUAAGUUAGCAAUCCAAACUGCAAGCCAGCUCAAGCUUACUCAUCCUCAAACCCCUCAAAAUGCAAUUUCUGGAGGAUCAACAACAGGGUCAAACCUCGGUGGCUGUGUCAUGAAAAUGGCCAUCUCAAGUGGUGCACCAUCAGCUCUGUCUCUGGAUCCAGGGUUGACAGAAGAGGAGAAGAUGGCAAAGAAGAGGGAGUACUGGAGGAUUAAGAAACGUGAGCAGCGAGCAGCUCGUGCUGUACGACUGAAACAGGGUGUUUUACAAACAAGAGCAAAUGCAGUCUUACAAAGGAGGAAAGCUCAGAAACAAGCAGCAGUGACUAUUGUGCCACUGAGCAGAAGUCUUACUCGCUGUACAGGAAAUGUACAACCUCUCCCCACUAACAGUGCGCCUAUUACGCCACAUGCAAAUGAGAUAAAACAGGAGGGGGAGUCUAUGCCAGCAGUUGACCUAAAUUCUCAACCAGAACAAGCCAUCUGUCCAGAUAUCAAACCCCCAACCUCCCCACCUCCACUUCCAGCGCCUCAGCCAGAGCCCGACCCAGCUCUGAGCGCAGACAGCCAGGCUACCACUCUGCUGGCCGUGGCCUCUAUGAAGAAACUCCUAGAGGAGUCACUCAGCACUGUGACGGAGUGUAAAAGUGAACAGACUGACAUUAAAAUGGAGACGAUGGAAGAUUCUUCAGAGCCUGACAUGAAGCCAAAUUUACCUCAGCUCUUUUUUGAGAAAGAUGACAUGGCUCCUCUUGCUGCUAACCUGACAUUGCAAAUAAAAAGCUGGCAGCCAGAUAGUGACAUGUUGGUACAGGCAGAUUCACCAAGCCCUCUGCUUGAGAGCUCAUCAGAAAUUAGUGAGACACCUCCAUCUCUUUCUGCUUCCACUGAGGUAGUUCUGCAUCCCACCUGUGAGCACUCAUCCCAGACCCCUUCAAACUUCAUAGUAAAACCAUCUGUGGAAAAAUCUGAUGGCCCAUCUUCACCACGCAGAACCCAGAGACUUCGCAUCAAAAAAGUGGACCAUCAAAACUGCUGCUCCCCAGAGCCACCAAAGCGCCAUCAUGCCACAGCUACAUCCCUGAAUCAACUGCAACCACAACAGCAACACUGUGAAAAACGGACACAAGAACAGUGCCAAAACAACAGCUCACCAUCAGGACUAAGGCACCGCAGUGUGGUAGCAGAGCAGUGUGGCUUGACCAGCCUGCAGAGGAAGAGGGAGUACUGGAAGCUGAUGAAGAGGCAGCAGCGGGCCAGGUUAAAGGCCAGCCAGAAAGAGAGACACGGAGAAUGUAGCAGUCGGCUUUCUCAGAGAAACAUCCAGGCUCCAGGGAUUCUUCUUAUCAACACUGUCAAGGCAAAACCAGCCCUCCGGCCCAAACCGUCUGUCACUUCUCUGGCUGCAGUGACCAGCAUCCCUACAGUCCUGGUUGUUAGCCAAACAACGUGUAAUGCUGACCAAUCACCGGACACUCUGCAGGUCAAACUGCCCGUUACCAGCAGAGCACAGAACAAUGUGAACAUUGGACUUUCACCAGUUGUGUCCAACUGUGCAGAAGCUCCUGCAUCUCCACAGCUUUCACAAGAGUGGACUUCUAGAGACACAGACACAGAUGUGGACUCAGCCCCCUCCCUCCUCACUCUGAAGCCCCCAGAUAACCCACUGUCCAGCAUCAACCUGCAACCCAUUGAACCCCUUGGUCAGAGUCCAAAUCCCAAAGUCCAAAGUCCAAUAAAUUUUCCUGAUGCUCAAGUUCAGAGCCCCACACAUGUUAUUCUAUCCUCCACCAAGCUGGCACCUACGAGCACUAUGGUUCCUCCAAAGCCAAUCCCAGGUGAGUCUGAAGAGGACUUCCUGAGGAGGAAGCGGGAGUACUGGAGGAUAAAAAAGAAGGAGCAAAGAGCUAGAAAGGCCAUUCGGGACAAGGGAAUUGCCCCACGGAAAACCUCCAACAACUGGAGGCCCAUCCUGCCUGCCCAGGAUCUACAGACACAGGAUUCUGCUCAGUGGGUGAACACCUCUGAGGAGUCAGAGCAUCAAAUGAGCGCAUCAGUGGACACCGACCCGGCAUCUUUUAUAUACCCCAGUUACACAACACCGAUAGAAGAUGAGUCAGAGCUUCUUUUUGAGGACUAUGAGAUUAAUAAUGGUGAGGAAAGUCCAGUCUCAGAUGCUUUGUGGAGGAACCGCUACCUCAUGGACUAUGACCCGCUCAACCAGCUGCUGGUGUGCAUGGUGUGUGGGGAGCUGCAGUACUCCCACAGCCUGGAGGGAGUGAGGGCCCACAUCGACGAGGCCCACCCACACACCCUGAACCUAGAACCUGGGGAGAAACAGGGAAUACUGGAGGCUUGGGACGAGCAGGUGUCCCAGAGGGAACGUUUCUUCACUAGCCAGUUGCAGCAGCACAGCGGGGCUCUGGCAGAAGCACACAGAGACUGAACAGCAGAGGCGAUGACAGAUGGAAUCAACUGAAUACCAUGGGCCAGGACAGAAAACCCACACUUUAUUUGUCUUAUUUAUUUAUUGGUCUUUAUCAGUUUGUUUACCUUCACAAAAGGUCACCUUGAAAGAGAAUGCUGUACUGGGAAAAUUCCGCCUAAAAGCAGCUUUACCUCAUUUCCUACCAGGGCUAUAAUGGGGAUUCAUGAAAGGCAGUUUGGCUUUUUUUUUAUACUGAAGCUUUUUCAACUGAGAUUUUGGGACAAUAUUUGAAAUAUUUAGAGGAGAAGCCCAAGACUCUGGGAAGUACAGUCUUUGUGCUUCACUCGGUGAAAUGCAUCCAAAGGCCAAAUCAUGGUUUUCACACGACUAAUAUCGAGUUUGAAAGCAGAUAGACAUGGACAUGCUUGCAUUCAUACUACGCUAGGUACACAUCAAUCUGCUGAGUAGACAGCCACACUGUCCUCAUAUCAAACACAGAAAUGUACAUGGGGCUCCGUGGAUGUUUCUGAGAAGCUCACAAAUUUUAGGCUGCAUGUUGACUCCCACAGAGGCAUGCAGGUGGAUUCUUGCAGACAUGCAGUUACUGAAAGCAUGAACUGGCCUUAACAGACACAUAGGUAACUUGUGUUCAUUGAAAUUCCUUUAUUUUAAAAUUUUACUUCCUAAAAUUUGUCCGAACCUCAGCAACAAUAGGCACCCAAUAUUUUCUGCAGAAUUUAAUCUAAGAAAGGCUCUGAAACAGCAUUUUGACCAUUAGACAAUAAAGCUCUUAUACAGACUCCAACUUUUGCAGAAGAGCAGCCACUGUGACCAUAAUUGACAACUACAUGGAAACUGCAAUUUUCUUUCAUUUUCUAACAUUGUCUGGUGUCACUGGCUUUAAUUUAGUGACACCAUUGAGAGCGAGUAGAAUGGAACCAUAAGCAGGAGGUCCUGGCGAGGGUUACGUCUCAUUUUCCUUUGUGAUAAAAGCAUUGAAACACUUAUUUGGGACCUGUGCAUCUAAAACAGUGAUGUGGUCACAUAUUGUGUACGACAGAAAAUCUGGGAGAACAAAAGCUUUGGAUUUUUAGGUUUCACGGUUUAAAGGUAUUUUGAAAUUUGUACUUGAUUGAGCAUAAUUUGUAUUUGAUUUUUUUUUUUAAAUCUACAGAUCUCUUCUAUACAGAACUGUCCAGGGUCAGGCGGUCAAAGAUAUGUAUAUGAAAAUACGUGAUAACUGUUUGUGAAGCCAUUAGCACUAAAAGCAUGGUUUACUAUUGAUCUAUCUGUUCUGUCACAAACAGUACUGCUCUGAUCCACUGCUCUUGCUAGCAAGUGCAGAUAAUGUACUGACAAAUGUAGAUUAGAAAUGUUCAUUUUAGGCAUUGUUAUCACCCAAUACAAAUAUUUUUAUCAAUCUGGGAGGACAGUAGACACAUGUGAGGCCAUAAAACCUGCUGCUGGAUAAUAGGUAAAGUUUGAAAACUAUGUAACUGAAUUACAGCAGGCAAGUUAAAACACAGUGUAAGAGCUGCACAAGAAGAGAAAAUGUAUCAAAUCAGUGAUAAGUGACUGAGUGUGUCAAGUCUGUGACAAUUAUCAAAAUGUAGCCACCACAUGCUACUGGGCAAAUCAAACCAAGAUAGACCUCGUUCGUCAGUCUUGUAUUUCCUUACGUCACAGAGCUGAACGUCCAAUUCUCAAAAAAAGAAACAACUAGGUAACCUGUUACAAACCAACAUUUACCCUGGUUCAAAAUCUAGUUUCAGAAUGCUCAAAGACUCUUUGAACCACUCAGAUAAAAAAAAACAAUCCCAUCUGCUGCGUGGAAAACACAAAAAAGAUUUCUCAGGUAGUAAAACUUGUUCAUUUUGGGGGGCAAUAUUUGAGGGCACUGCUGCCAGCGCUGGGCUGUGAAUCCCACUAUUACACAAGUGGGAAGCAUUUAGUAUGAGUGUUUAAGCCGAUGAUGAUGGUGAUUUUACCAAAUGACUGAAAACAAAGAUGGAAUAAAAAUGGUGGAAUUCAUAGCCUACCGCUGGCAGUGCUGACAGUAUGGAUUUGGUCUGAGACAAGUCAAAAAAAUUCUGCUGUGUACACAACUGAGCAAGACUGUUUUAUUUCUGCUAAAUUAUAGUUUGUAUUAGAAAGAGGAGGACUGGGUUAUUUCUUCUUUCUAAUGUUACAUAGUCUGUCCAAGACAAAUAAACAGCCAUUUGCUGGUUUCGCACCUUCUGCAUAAGCAAACUGGGAAACAGGGGCUAUAAUGCUUCCUCAUGGACAAUGAAUAUACAGUACAUCAACCACUGCUAAGGAAUUUAACAAUAUUUACUGAGUUAUACAGUACAUUCAGAUGUACCCCCCCCCCCCAUACCCUAUCAGCCAAAUUUAUACCCCUAUAUCAGCCAGCUAGACAGACACAGCACAAGAAUCCAACACUUUCUGCUAUUUUGUGGCGAUAGUUGCUAUCAGUGCGGUAUGAGGUUUUUCCUGCACUUCUUGCAGGUUUGCAUUCAGGUCUGAGACUGUUCUAGACCCUUGUUAGUUACUGGAUUCAUUGCAUGGGUAUCUGGAACUGUUCCAAACAUUUUUGUAUGUGCUAUACUGCACCACACUGUUCUUCAAGCCCUGAACCUUACAUACAGUAUAUUCGUCUAUGACAACUUUUUGUACUGAGACAACUUUUUUACGGAUUUUUCUCACCUCUGUUAAAAUCUUCUGCAGAUCAUAUCAGCUUGGCCGUGUGAUGUAAAAUCUUCAGCACUGUAAAUACACAAAAUACUAAAGUGGUUAUUACAUGCCAAAUUUUACUUUUACUGUGCAGUUGCACAAUUCUUUGGAGCAGCUUUAUUUAUUAUUUAUUGAAUCUCCUCUUAUAUACCUGAUUAUUGAUGAUGCAUUAUUCAUGUCUGUCGAUAGUUCCAUGUUAGAAGUAUCUCAUUUGUGAGUAUUGAGGAUCCAAAGGCUUUCGUGCAUGAGUAGUAAAUGGAUGAACUGUUGUAUAUCAGACAUACAGAGCUCUAGAAUUCACUUCCAUGUUUUUGUAUAAUUUUCAUUAAGAGUAAAAUGCUGAAAAAAAUCUUCUGAUUGAGCAAGAAGUUGUGGGGCUGAAAACCUUGCACAGCUGCAAAACAAGUGAAAGAGCUGGAAGUAAAUAAGUUUAUUCAUCUUCCACGAAUGUAACUCUGACUUGAUGACUUGUUUACCAGUUUAAAGGGAAUGUUUAAAUACCUUUUCAGUAAUAAACCUUUUCUACCGCGAUUGAAA